AUGGUGUACAUAGACUACGAGUCCAUUUCGGAAGCACUAUCCGAUUUUGGCUACUCACUGCGUGAAUCGGACGAUCUCAUGACGAAAAUUAACUCACUGGCUACGGAAUUCAAUCUCGAUGUUGAUAACUUUAUCGACGAGCUACUCUCAUUUGCUGUCAAUAUGAAAAAAAUGGAGGUUGACAUGGGAAUUCUAGAGCACAUGGAAGCGAAGCUUGUCAAGGAAUUGAAGAAAAAUCUAGACCAGGUGGUCGCAGCAUCAUCAUCGAAACCGAAAAGGGCGGCAUUUGGAGAGCGUCCCGUUAAUCAGCUAACAUUCGAUCUGUCUUGCAUCGAAGCUGAGGACUCGUCUAAUGAAGACUUUGGAUCUACUAACCUCACUGGAGUUUAUCGAGCGUUUGCACCUGUG